AUGGUUCAUCUUCACGUGGCACUUGCAGCGGCGCUGCCGUUUGCUCUUGCGCAGGUUCAGAACCAGACUUCUUCCACGGCCGCAACGUCGCCACCGGUCUAUCCUUCACCAUGGGGAGAAGGGCUCGGUGACUGGGCAGACGCCWAUGAGCAGGCCAGAACCUUCGUGUCUCAAUUGACAUUGCUCGAGAAGGUCAACCUCACCACCGGUGUAGGCUGGCAGAGCGAGAAGUGUGUUGGAAAUGUCGGUUCCAUCCCAAGACUCGGUUUCAAGGCACUCUGCUUGCAGGAUUCUCCUCUGGGUAUUCGGUUCGCGGAUUACGCCAGCGCCUUUCCUGCCGGUGUGACGGUCGCUGCUACAUGGGAUCGUCAGAUCAUGAGGCAGCAGGGAAUUGACAUGGGAACGGAACAUAAGCUCAAGGGCAUCGAUGUUCAGCUUGGACCUGUUGUUGGACCCCUUGGAAGACACCCCGAGGGUGGAAGGAACUGGGAGGGUUACUCUCCAGACCCAGCAUUGUCCGGCGUUGCUGUUUACGAGACCGUCAAGGGAAUUCAGAGUGCCGGUGUCAUUGCUUGCACUAAGCACUACAUCUUGAACGAGCAGGAACAUUUCCGCCAACCAUCCGUCACGGAGGAGGGCGAUGUACUGCCUGCUCUAUCCUCCAAUCUCGACGAUGUGACUAUGCACGAGCUGUACCUUUGGCCUUUUGCCGAUGCUGUUCGUGCCGGCACUGGAUCGAUCAUGUGCUCAUACCAGCAAAUCAACAACAGCUACGGUUGCCAGAACAGCGCUGCUCUGAACGGUCUCCUGAAAUCUGAACUCGGAUUCCAGGGAUUCGUACUCAGCGAUUGGCAGGCACAGCACUCUGGAGUCAGCUCGGCAUUGGCAGGACUUGACAUGACCAUGCCCGGUGACACGACCUUCAACAGCCGAUACAGCUACUGGGGAGCAAACCUGACCAUCGCCGUCCUCAACGGAACCGUACCACAAUGGCGUCUCGACGAUAUGGCUGUACGUGUCGUUGCUGCCUGGUACUACGUCGGCCGCGACUCCAACCAGGUCGAAAAUGCACCAACCUUUUCUUCGUGGACUCAAGACACCUUUGGAUUCAAGAACUACUUCGCCCGCAAGGACUACACUCUGGUCAACGAGCACGUCGAUGUCCAAACUGGACACGCAGAGCACAUCCGAGAGACUGCCGUCAAGGGCACUGUUCUCCUCAAGAACACUGGUGCUCUGCCGCUGACUGGUCAGGAGAAGCUCACUGCUGUGUUCGGCUCAGAUGCUGCGGAGAACUCAUAUGGACCCAAUGGCUGCGCUGACCGUGGGUGCAACAACGGCACUCUCGCAAUGGGCUGGGGUUCUGGAACCGCCCAAUUCCCAUACCUGGUCACUCCGCUUGAGGCAAUCAAGGCUGAGGUCCGAAGCAACGGCAAAUUCAUCGAGUCUGUCACCGAUGACUAUGCAUACAGUCAGAUUGCUGCUCUGGCUCGCCGCGUCCCAGACGUCAACGGCGUUUCCGUCGUAUUUGUCAACGCUGAUGGUGGUGAGGGCUACAUCACCGUGGACGGCAACGAGGGUGACCGCAACAACCUCACUCUGUGGAACAACGGUGACCGCUUGAUCCAGAAUGUCACCAGCCAGUGCAACAACACUGUCGUGGUCAUUCACUCUAUUGGUCCUAUUCUCGUCAACGAGUGGUACAAGAAUCCCAACGUGACCGCCAUCAUCUGGGCAGGCAUCCCGGGUCAAGAGUCCGGAAACGCCAUUACCGACAUUCUCUACGGAAAGGCCAACCCAGGAGGCAAGACACCUUUCACUUGGGGCAGCAACCGCACCGAGUGGGGUGUUGACAUCGUCUACGAGCCUAACAACGGCGCGGAGGCGCCUCAGGAAGACUUCAGUGAGGGCAUCUUCAUCGACUACCGUGCUUUUGACAAGAAGAACAUUACACCUGUGUAUGAGUUCGGUUUCGGCCUGAGUUACACCACGUUCGAGUUCUCCAACCUCGAGGUGGAGUCUCACUCUGUUGCGGAGUACACUCCAACUACCGGCAACACACCCGCGGCCCCUACCUACGGCACCAUCAGCAACAACACCUCCGAAUAUGUGGUCCCGGCAAACUUUUCCCGUGUCUACUCUUACAUCUACCCAUACCUCAACAGCACCGACUUGAAGGCAUCGAGCGGCGAGCCAAGAUAUGGAUUGGAAUACACUGCGCCUGAGGGCUCCAGUGACAGCUYUCCACAGCCAUACAACCCCGCGGGCAGCAAUGUUGCCCCAGGAGGUAACCAGGCUCUCUACGACGUGCUCUUCACAGUUCACGCCAACAUCACCAACACUGGCAAGGUUGUCGGCGAGGAAGUCCCACAGGUCUAUGUCAGCCUCGGUGGACCCAACGAUGCAAAGAUCGUGCUGAGGAACUUCGAUCGUCUGUCGAUCCAGCCGGGCGAGAGCACCAUUUUCAGCGCCGACCUCACUCGUCGUGAUCUUUCCAACUGGAAUGUCAUGACUCAAAACUGGGAGAUCACGUCUUACCCGAAGACUGUGUAUGUUGGUAACAGUAGCCGCAAUCUCCCUCUCAAGGCCACCCUUGAGAUGUCGGGCAGCCCAGGUGGGUACUAA